AUGAGUAGUUUAAGAGGUGACCAAAAAAAUAAUACACAAAAUAAUAAUAAUUUUCAAAGAGGAUAUCACCAACAUCCUGGAUUUCAAAAUCAAAGAAGAGUUAGAAAUAAAACUUUAGCUUUUGCAAUUCUUUCAGUUAUUGGUCUUGGUUUAUUAUUUCCACUUGCAUAUAUUAAUUUAAUGCAAGAUAAACCAACUAUUGAAACUUAUCCAAAAGGAUCUGGUGUUAGAGGUAGUUUUUUAAAUUCUGGUUCAAAUGAUAUUGGUAAGGAAUCAAAAAGAUAUAAAAAUAACUAUGAAGAACAUAAAAGAAGAAUGUUAGAGGCCCAUUUAGCUAAGGACCUCGAAAAGGAUCAAGAAAAUAAUAGUAAUAGUAAUAAUAAUAAUAAUAAAGAUAAUUAA